AAGACAGUGGCAGUAGCUUGUUCUUUAGUCCCUCUGAUCUUUACACUAAUAUCUGGCUGCUGGUUUUUUGGUUUUGUUUUGUUUGUUUUUUAAAAAGGGCCAUUUAAGAUUUUGUGCGACACCUGGUGCCCGACGUGAGAAGCGAAAAGACAAUGGCCCAGGGAGCAAGACCCAAGUCGGCCUCUCAGGUAGAAGUGUUGCAGCUGAGGUCAUUGUCCCCAGGGUCAGGACUUAGGAGCAGAAGGACAGCUGGCGGCUCUCUUUGCAGCUUCUGGGGGCGAACCCGAAAUGGGCGACAGUGCCAUGGCAGAACAGGAUGUGGAAGAGCAGCUUUUGGAUUAUGAUGAAUUUGAAGAGCCCCAAGCAGCCCAGGAGAGCACCCCAGCUCCCCCGAAGAAAGAUGUCCAAGGAUCUUAUGUGUCGGUUCACAGUUCUAGUUUCAGGGACUUUCUGCUGAAGCCGGAGCUCCUGAGAGCCAUAGUGGAGUGUGGCUUUGAGCACCCUUCAGAGGUCCAGCAUGAGUGUGUUGCCCAGGCCAUUCUGGGUAUAGAUGUCCUGUGCCAGGCCAAGUCUGGGAUGGGCAAGACGGCGGUGUUUGUGCUGGCCACCCUGCAGCAGAUGGAGCCCGUGGAGGGCCCCGUGUCCGUAUUGGUCAUGUGCCACACCAGGGAGCUGGCCUUCCAGAUCAGCAAGGAGUCUGAGCGCUUCUCCAAGUACAUGGCCAGCGUGAAGGUAUCUGUGUUCUUUGGGGGCCUCUCCAUCAAGAAGGAUGAAGAGGUGUUGAAGAAGAACCGUCCCCACGUGGUAGUGGGGACCGCAGGCUGGAUCCUGGCACUGGUCCGCAGAGGGAGCCUCAACCUGAGGAACGUGAAGCACUUUGUGCGAGACGAAUGUGACAAGAUGCUGGGACAGCUGGACAUGCGGCAGGAUGUGCAGGACAUCUUUCGAGUGACGUCCUACGAGAAGCAGUGCAUGAUGUUCAGCGCCACCCUGAGCAAGGAGAUCCGGCCCGUGUGCGGGAAGUUCAUGCAGGAUCCCAUGCAGGUGUGUGUGGAGGACGAGAGCAAUCUCUGGCUGCACAGCCUCCAGCAGUACUACGUCCAGCUCCAGGAGAGCCAGAAGCUCUGCGAACCCCUCGACGUCCUCGAGUAUAACCAGGUGGUGAUCUUUGUCAAGUCUGUGCAGCGUUGCAUGGCCCUGGCCCAGUUCCUAGUGGAACAGAACUUCCCAGCCACUGCUAUUCACCGAGGCAUGCACCAGGAGGAGCGCCUGUCCCGCUUCCAGAAGUUCAAGGAUUUCCAGUGGCGCAUCCUGGUGGCUACCAACCUGUUUGGCAGAGGUAUGGACAUCCAGCAAGUCGACGUCGUCUUCCACUAUGACAUGCCAGGGGACUCAGAUACCUACCUUCACCGAGUGGCUCGUGCUGGUCGCUUCGGUACCAGAGGCCUGGCGCUCACUUUUGUAUCUGAGGAGAGUGAUGGACACAUCCUCAGUGAUGUCCAGGGCCGGUUUGCAGUGAAUGUGGCAGAGCUUCUGGAAGAAAUAGAGAUCUCCACACACAUUGCUUGAAGAACUAACUGAAAGACCUUUGGACAAAUAAACACCCAAAGAGGAGCGGAGAACUACCCCAAAAGAAAAAAAAAAUUCCGGAGAAAAGGAAUAAUCAGACCUAAUGGGAUCUCUGAAGUCCUAAAAAGACAUUGGGAUCCCACAACAACAGUUCCACCAUGACUUUGAUGACACCCUUAAGAUGAGCGUCACCAUCUACUAAAGACAUGCUUUGGACUACAAACUGCUCAGGACAAUUUCCAGAUGGGUACUGGAGAUCCAGCCUCACAGAGUACUCUAGCCAAGACUUGAGACAAGCCGUGCACUCUCCAGUGAUGCAGAGACUGGACAGCAAUGGACACAGCUAAUUCUCUCAAAGGACUUGACAAGGAACCCCCAAAUGUUUCUUUUCUACUUCCCCUAAAGAUGCCUCCCCUCCCCCAGACAGCAGGAAGUAAUUUGAAGGACAGGAGGACAAUGACGCCCAUAUUCCCAAGAGGUGGGGUGGCUGUGGCGAUAUUUUAUUGUAUCCCCCAAUGAUGUUUAUCUGAGGGUCAGAGGAGAAAGCCAGCCUCCAUAGUAAACAUACAAGUCAGGCAAUGGUAGCACAUGCCUUUCAU